UCCAGACUAAUACCGCCAGCGCAUUUUUUCAAUUUACCACCUCACCUCUGCGGAUGUGAAACUACGUUUAAACCAAAAUACCCCAUAUGCUGUAGUCGAUCGUUAGGAACUGUAUAACAGAGUCCGCUCGGGCGACGGAAGGAUAUCAUCGCGGACCGGACACCGGAAAGCGCGCAGACUAACUGAACGCCCAUUCGGUAUAAAAUGAGGAUGGACCAUAUAGAGCCAUGGAUUGAGGACCUGAUACAGAGCUAUAGCAUCAAAGAAAGACAAUCCAGAAUUAAAGCUCACAUUCUUGGGUUGGGCAAUCUGCCUGAUCCACAGGAGAAACUGACACAGGAUGCAGUAGCCCUGCUGUUUCUUUCUGAUGGGCUGGUUCAGAUUCCUGGGAUCCUUACCAGGACAGCCUGGGAGAAGCUUGAGGAGCUGGAAGAGCGGGAGUCCCUCCAGAGCAUCACCAACUCAACUGUCUUCCUGUGCAAGUACAACCUUGAGUUUCAGUUGGAACCGGAAGAUAGCAAGUGUCAGUUUUUCCUGAUCAUCAAUGAAAUGGCCACCAUGGCUCCUGGGCCAGUCAAGUGUCACUUUCCCAGCUGCACAACCCUUCCCAGUGUGAGGCAGAAGAUUUAUGAAACCUGGAGGUCCCUGCAGAAUGAUGGUUCAGAUCUGACCGCGGGCACGCAAUCAGCCUUCUGUUUAUCAGAGCUGGUGCAUGAGUGGCAGGACCACAGGACUGCCUCCCUGCUGAAGGAUCUGUCAGCCUGUCUGCUGAAGCCCUCUAGGUAUCACCCUCCAUCCCCCCAGCCCUCCACCUCCAGGCAGAGUUGCCCACCUGCCCCGUUGUCCAGGUACCUGGCCACUGGUUGGGAUAUAGACAGAGUCCGGUACAAGGGGGAUCCUCCCUUCACUGUGCCCGUCUCCCACCUCAUCAUCCCUGCAGAAGAGAGACUACAACUCCCCCGUGAGUCUGCUGAAGUUAGUCGUGAAGAAGAUGCCGUCCUGCAGGACGCUGAAGAUGUGAACAACUCGCUUAUCCAGGAUUCUGAGCCUGCUAACCCCUGGGAUAUGUUUGACUCGGCUGGUGCUGAUACAUCUUCCCUGCUUGCUGACCAAGAGUCUCCAUCUGGAUCCAUCACCCUGGAUGGCAUCUGUGCUGCGGCGAUGAGCACUCAGGCAUCGACUAGUCACAGCCUUGAGCUCUUCGUGCCUGCUGCCUGUGAUGAGGCGGCUCCGGAAUCGGAGAGCCGUGGGAAUCCCCCAGCGCCCAAUCCUCCGCUCAGCCUGAACAGUGAGGUCUCUGCGAGGUCAGAGGACUGGAGCCUGCCUCCAUAUCAGAGACCCAGCACCUCCUUCACCACACCACCCUGCUCUGAUGGACCUCAGUCCUCAAGUUUUCUCAGUACCAAAAAUACCAGAGAGGGAGAGAAGGAGCACAUCAAGAGGAAGCUAGGGAGAGCCAGGAAGAGGACUCCAUCUCUAUUGCCCAUAAGCGAAAAGGGUCCAUCCGAGGAAGACAAAGAAGAACCACAGAGUGGAAGUACGGGAUUAACCAAGAUUAGGAGCCCCCCGUCCUGGCUGUUCGACACUCAAGAGAGCCAGGGAGGGCCUGGGCUCGGCCGAAAUGCCUGCGGCCAAAGCACCAGCACGACUGAAGUCGGCCCUUUUUCAGAGCCACAAAGGAAACCGCUUACGGUCCACCCGGAUGGAACCCCGUUCAGCUACAUAUACAAACCCUCGGCCCGCGCAUUGGAAGCUCUCCGCCUCUACAGGGUUCCAGAUGAGUUGUUGCAGUGGUCUGUCUGGUACCUGGCUCACGCAGACAGGGGAGAGGGAAAUGGCUGAUCUGUCUGCAGGAGCUGCUGUUUGGCAAAGCUUUGAUUUGUCCGGCCACAAGGUGGCGCUGUUUUUCCUUGUUCGUGGGACAUUUCGUUCAAUUGGUGAGACACACCAGCUUGAUAAGGGAGGGGGGCACGUUUACUGUCCCCGAAAGUUCUGGGGGUGUUCAGACAGGACCAGUUUGACCCUUUCAUGUCAAUGGGUUAUAGUUCAUUGUGGAUGCUGCCCAGAGCUCUUCAUUGUUGAAGUCUGGGGUGUUUUCAUAGUUCAUACUUACAGACUCUCUGUGGUUUUACUACCUACCCAGGUGUCCCCUGAUGCAGCAGGGAGCUCCACUUCAAAUGUUACCUAAUGGUGAUGUUGAAAAGCAAUAAAAUGUUCAAAUGUU